AUGACAAUUACCGAGCACCCAGAAACACAGCCAAGGUGGUGGAAGGAAGCCACAAUUUACCAAAUUUACCCUGCAAGCUUCAAAGACAGUAAUGAUGAUGGCUGGGGAGACUUGAAGGGAAUUACCUCCAAAUUAGAAUAUUUGAAAAACCUGGGGGUUGAUGCUAUUUGGGUGUGUCCCUUCUACGAUUCACCUCAGCAAGAUAUGGGAUACGAUAUUUCGAACUACGAAAAGGUUUGGCCAACUUAUGGCACAAAUGAGGAUUGUUUCGAGUUGAUCAAAAAAACCCAUGAGCUGGGUAUGAAGUUCAUUACUGAUCUCGUCAUCAAUCACUGCUCGACCGAGCACGAAUGGUUCAAGGAGAGCAGAUCUUCUAAGAAUAAUCCAAAGAGAGACUGGUUUUUUUGGAGACCGCCAAGGGGCUAUGACAGCGAAGGUCGUCCAAUUCCUCCUAAUAAUUGGAGAUCAUUCUUUGGAGGUUCUGCUUGGAGUUUCGAUGAGGAAACUCAAGAGUUCUUUUUGCGCUUAUUUGCGUCAAGGCAACCGGAUCUCAACUGGGAUAACGACGAUUGUAGAAAAGCAAUCUAUGAAACUGCAGUCGGAUACUGGUUGGACCAAGGGGUUGACGGAUUCAGAAUUGACACAGCUGGUUUGUACUCGAAACGUCCAGGCUUGCCAGACUCCCCUGUUUUUGACAUUCAAAACGAGUUUCAACACCCAAAUUGGGGCUCCCAUAACGGUGCUAGAAUCCAUGAGUUUCACCAAGAGCUUCGUCGCUUCAUUGAUCAGAGAGUCAAAGAUGGCAGAGAGAUUAUGACUGUGGGUGAGGUUGCUCACGGAAACGAUAAUCCUCUGUACACCAGUGCUGCUAGGCGUGAAAUGAGUGAAGUUUUUAGCUUCAAACAUGUUGAUAUCGGAUCAAGUCCUCACUUUCGGUAUGAACAGGUGCCAUUUACUUUGAAAGAUUUUAAAAAAGCAAUCGCUGAGAGCUUUGAGUUCGUUAAUGGCACUGAUUCCUGGGCAACCAUUUACCUAGAAAAUCAUGAUCAGCCCCGUAGCGUCUCAAGAUUUGGUAGUGACUCACCAAAAUACCGCAACAAGUCAGCCAAACUUUUGGCUAUGAUGGAGGGAUCUUUGACAGGUACUUUGUAUGUUUAUCAGGGCCAAGAACUCGGCCAAAUUAAUUUGAAAGGCUGGCCAAUUGAGAAAUACGAAGAUGUUGAUGUCAGGAAUAAUUAUGAGAUAAUUGUAAAGAAAUAUGGCAAGGAUUCGCCACAGGUGAAGUCAUUUAUGCGUGGUAUUUCUCUACUAUCCAGAGAUCACGCUAGGACACCAAUGCCCUGGACUUCAGAGGGCCCCAAUGCGGGUUUCUGUGGACCCAAGGUCCAACCGUGGUUCUUUUUGAAUGAAAGUUAUAAACAAGGCAUUAAUGUAGCCGAUGAAGAGUCGAAUGUGGAUUCUGUUUUCAGUUUUUGGAGGAAGGUCCUGGAAACCAGAAAGAAGUAUAAAAAUGUUAUGAUUUAUGGAUACGACUUUGAAUUCAUUGACUUGAAUAAUGAAAAGCUUUUCAGCUUCACCAAAAAUUUUGAGGACAAGAAAUUAUUCGCGGCGUUGAAUUUUAGCGAUGAAGAGAUUCAGUUUAGUCUUCCGGAGGGAUCUUCCUCUUGUGCUUUCAUUUUAGGAAAUUAUGAUGACAGAGAUGGCUCGUCACGAGUCUUGCAACCAUGGGAAGGCAGACUGUAUUACGUUGAUUAA